AUGAACUCCAUAAAGAAGUGUGCACUUCAGAAGAUAAAAAAAGUACUUGAAGGUCCUGAAGGCCCCUCGCAAGAAGAAUUAGAACGAAAUGGGAUCAAAGUGGUCAUAGAGUUCAAUAGUUGCUGUAACCAUUGCUUGCCCGAUGUCAAGAAACGCUGUAAGUCUAUGUCAGGAGUUUCUAAAGUAGAGGACGUAGCUGCUAAUCGUGAGGGGAAACUGGCACUGGCUGUGAUCGGUGUGUUUAGCAUAGCAAAUCUCGAGAAAUGGGUCUGGAACACUAGUAAACAUAACAAACGGAUAACUAUUCUUAAGAAAGAAAAGAUAGGCGGAGCAGCAGGCGGAGGAGCAGAGGGAGGAGCAGGCGAAGCAGCAGGUGGAGGAGCAGGGGGCGGAUCAGGUGAAGCAGCAGGCGGAGGAGCAGGGGGAGGAGCAGGCGAAGCAGUAGGCGGAGGAGUAGGGGGAGGUGGAGGAGGUGCUGAAGAGGAAGAGGAUCAGGAGGAGGAGGUUGACUGA